AUGCAGUGGCGUGUACUCCUUGUCGCGGGGGCAUUGAUUUCCUCGGCUGUUGCUGGCCCAAUUCCUCAAGAGAAACGAGGGGAUGAGAUGGUGGGAUAUGUCACCGGCUACAAGGAAAAGCGAGGGGACGAAAUGGUGGGCUACGUCACUGGAUACGAGAAGGAGAAGCGAGCAGAUGAGAUGGUGGGAUAUGUGACUGGCUAUGAGAAGGAGAAGAGGGACGAUGAAAUGGUGGGAUAUGUGACUGGAUACGAGAAGAAGCGAGGAGACGAGAUGGAAGAAGACAGUAUUCCAUUUCUUCAGCCUGAAGAUAGCGGCAGUACGGAGAAACAUACCACUCACCAGACACCUUUCAGCCGUACCUACUGGCUUUUUGGCAUCAUCGCUAUCCUUCUCGUCACCAAUAUCAUUUCAUUAUUCGUGGGUAGUCGACUAUACCUAUGGAGGGGAAAUCUUGACCGGGUAUGUGCGAUUCACACAUCACAACACGAAACCACGCUCCUUCGCGACGUCCAUGUCUCAUAUUCCUCUGUCCCCUUCAAUGGCUCGUUCUCAAAGGAGACUAUAUACCGCCAGCGACCUAGUCCGGAAGUUGAUGCGGCAUGGCUGGACCUGGGAAUUGAAUAUGACCCCCUGAUCGUCCCCGAUGAGGAUGCAGACGCCGCCGGCAUCGAGAAAGACCGCUUCCAUGUCUCUGAAGUAUACGGCGGACCUGGAUAUCCAGCCUUUGUGGCUGGAUUGCACCAGUUGCACUGUCUCGUGGGUUCUGUCUAUCCGGACUGUGGUUGCCUCUAUUUCAACGUCGACUAUUACCGAGCUCUGCAUCGCAAUGAGUUCCUGAAUCGGGAAGAAACACUACAACUACAUAUCGGGCAUUGCAUAGACGUUAUCCGCCAGAGACUGAUGUGCACUGCUGAUACGGAGUUGCAUCCCUACCUGUGGGCUGGCGACCCUCCGCAUGUCACACCGGAUUUUAAUCGAAUGUACAAAUGUCGGAAUUAUGAUGAUAUCAGAGAGUAUGCAAGACUGAAACAGGCGCAAUGGGGGCCAAAUGGACCGGAUGUUGUGCCGGAGAAGGGAGCCCUUGUGCUGGACGCUAUUCCGUGA